CGUCUAGUGCUGUGGUAAGCGCGUGUGCCUAAGAGCGAGCCUCGGCACACAUCUUAUUAAAAAAAAUCAAAAAUACAAAAAAAAUUAUAAAACAGAAAAUCAACAAAAAAUCUAUUUUCGUCUUUGUAACCGUGACUCGGUGAAGCAGUAAAGUCGCAGCGGGAUUAUCAGAUUUAGCUAUCGGAGCAGAUUAGCGUGUUGAGUUAGCCGAACUAGCAGCGCUCUAAUUUGAAGGGAUUAGCCUAGUGUGCUAACCGAUUAGCAUUAGCUCAAGCUAGUUUGGAGCGGGUCGUUUUUUUCUGUCUUUAGCGUUUUACCUUUACAAGUUUGUUGGUUGAAAUCCGGUUGGAAUCCUGAUCAGUUUGUUUGCGCUAAAAAAAACAAAACCGUCAGCUCAGUUGCCAUAGUUACCGUGCGUUUAAAUUAGCUAGCUUGUUUGGCCUAAACCGUGCUCCGUGUGUUUCCGGUUGAUCAGUGCGCGUGAACAGUAGGUGAAGAUGAACCCCAGCGCUCCCAGUUACCCCAUGGCGUCUCUGUAUGUGGGAGAUCUGCACCCUGACGUCACCGAGGCCAUGCUGUACGAGAAGUUCAGCCCCGCGGGUCCUAUCCUCUCCAUCCGGGUGUGCAGGGACAUGAUGACCCGCCGCUCGCUCGGAUACGCCUACGUCAACUUCCAGCAGCCCGCCGACGCCGAGCGAGCUCUGGACACCAUGAACUUCGAUGUGAUUAAGGGGCGUCCGGUACGGAUCAUGUGGUCCCAGAGAGACCCCUCGCUGAGGAAGAGCGGCGUCGGGAACAUCUUCAUCAAGAACCUCGACAAGUCCAUCGACAACAAGGCUCUCUACGACACCUUCUCAGCGUUCGGGAACAUCUUGUCCUGCAAGGUGGUGUGUGAUGAAAAUGGCUCUAAGGGCUACGGCUUCGUGCACUUUGAGACCCACGAGGCUGCAGAGAGAGCGAUAGAGAAAAUGAACGGCAUGCUGCUCAACGACCGCAAAGUGUUUGUCGGACGCUUCAAAUCCCGUAAAGAACGUGAGGCUGAGAUGGGAGCUCGUGCCAAAGAGUUCACAAACGUCUACAUUAAGAACUUUGGCGAGGACAUGGACGACGAGAAACUCAAAGAGAUCUUCAGCAAGUUUGGGCCUGCACUGAGUAUCCGGGUCAUGACCGAUGAUGGAGGAAAAUCUAAAGGAUUCGGCUUUGUGAGCUUCGAGAGGCACGAGGACGCUCAGAGAGCUGUGGAUGAGAUGAAUGGAAAGGAGCUGAAUGGGAAGCAGGUGUACGUGGGCCGGGCGCAGAAGAAAGGCGAGAGACAGACUGAACUGAAACGCAAGUUUGAGCAGAUGAAGCAGGACCGCAUGACCCGCUACCAGGGUGUGAACUUGUAUGUGAAGAAUCUGGAUGACGGUCUGGAUGACGAACGUCUCCGCAAAGAGUUCUCACCUUUUGGAACAAUCACCAGCGCUAAGGUGAUGAUGGAGGGUGGUCGCUCUAAAGGGUUUGGCUUCGUGUGUUUCUCGUCUCCGGAGGAAGCCACGAAGGCGGUGACGGAGAUGAACGGCCGCAUCGUAGCCACCAAGCCGCUGUACGUGGCUCUGGCGCAGCGUAAAGAGGAGCGUCAGGCUCACCUCACCAACCAGUACAUGCAGAGGAUGGCUAGUGUACGCGCCGUCCCAAACCCCGUCCUCAACCCCUACCAGCCCGCUCCUCCAUCCGGGUACUUCAUGGCUGCUAUUCCUCAGGCUCAGAACAGAGCUGCCUAUUAUCCAAGCAGUCAGCUGGCGCAGCUCCGCCCGAGUCCCCGAUGGGCCACGCAGAGCGUCCGCCCCCAGCAUUUCCAGAACAUGCCGAAUGCGAUCCGUCCCACAGCACCGCGUCCACAGACCUUCGGCGCCAUCCGCCCAACGACCAAUCAGGUGCCACGCAUGAUGGCAUCACAGCGUAUGGCAUCUCAGCCGUUACGCCCAGCCAGUGCAGGAGCAGCUACAGCUGCAGCACCUGUGCGAGCAGUGCAGCAGUACAAGUACACACCCGGAGUACGCAACACACAACAACACCUGCCCACACAAGUACCCCUGCCACAGGCCGCGGUGCAUGUUCAGGGUCAGGAGCCACUCACUGCCUCCAUGCUGGCCGCCGCCCCCCCACAGGAGCAGAAGCAGAUGCUGGGUGAGCGUCUGUUCCCGUUGAUCCAGAACAUGCACCCGAAUCUGGCUGGGAAAAUCACCGGUAUGCUGCUGGAGAUCGACAACUCAGAGCUGCUGCACAUGCUUGAGUCUCCUGAGUCACUGCGCUCCAAGGUGGAUGAGGCGGUGGCUGUGCUGCAUGCACACCAAUCAAAGGAAAACGCUCAGAAAUCAGCGGGCAGUGCUGCUGUUCCUGCUGUUUAAUUACACGCAAGGAGCUUUAAUGAGAACCAGGAUCAUCCCCUCUGCACUCAGCUGCUUCACCCAGACUGGGACAAGGACAAAAUAAAUACAUAAUUAAAACAUUGAAAAAAAAAUAAACAUUGAGAAAUAGAUUUCAGAUAGAAACACUCGGCCGGGUCCACACACACACAGGCCCUGACUAUACAAUAAAUAUACAAAAAAACAGAAAAAAUGUAAAAAGUGAUUUUUCAUCCAUCAUUCCUGUUUUGUUUUUAUUCUUCUCGCUGUCGGAGUGUGUGUGUGUGUGUGUGUGUGUAUGCGUGCGUGUGUGUGCCUGUGUGUGCGCAUGCGUGUGUGCGUGUCCUCACUCGACAGCUGAGCUUUGGAAACGUGAAUUGGAUUAAUAAAGAGUGAAACAUGUU